ACCAGCGUAACAAAUGUUGUUAAGAUCAAUCGUCCUAACGUCCCAAACUCAUCUAAAUCAGGAAGUGUGGAAACUAUUCAAACUCGCAAGGAUGAAGUAAGACAAGGUGAUGCACGAGUAUCUCGUACCGAAAUCGUGAGGAUAGUAUCUAAUAUCAAUUCACCGAAGGGGACAGUGGACUCCCAAUUUUCCGGUUUAACGAUCACUUCGUUCUAA